AUGGGAAGGGCAAAGCUCAGUAUAAAGAGGUUAGAGAGCACUAGCAACCGACAAGUUACUUAUUCAAAAAGGAGACAUGGCAUUUUGAAGAAAGCUCGGGAGUUGGCCAUAUUGUGCAACAUUGACCUCGUUCUACUCAUGUUUUCUCCAACCGGGAGGCCUACGUUAUGUCAAGGAGAGCACAGAAAUUUUGAAGAGGUUAUUGCGAAGUAUGCACACAUAACACCGCAUGAAAGGGCAAAAAGGAAAUUGGAGAACCUUGAAGUUCUAAAGAAAACCUUCAAGAAGUCGGACCAUGAUGUAAAUAUAGAGAAUUUUAUGUGUUCAAGCCCUCAAACAAUCGUGGAUGUGCCGGAAUUGAGUAAUCAAUUAAGGGUAUUGCAAGCUCAACUUACAGGAGUACAAAAGAGACUGAGCUAUUGGAGUGAUCUGGAUACAAUCAACAAUGUAGAAUACCUUAGGCACAUUGAAGACUUGCUACGAGAAUCAGUUAACCGAUUACGUCUGCAUAAGGAAAACUUGGGACAACACCAAUUAACGUCUCUAGAAAGCACUAUCCAGAGCGGGAUGCGAUUAUCACAGAUCAUGAGUGGUGUGCAAGAAGCCCAGUCCUUAUCAUGGCUUCCAAAUUAUGACAACCGACUUAUGAUGUUACCCAAUGAGCCAAACUUCCUGCCACACAGACAGGAUGGCGAUACUGUACAAGUUGCAAAUAUGGGAUCAGGAGGUGAUGGCUCUGAAGAGUUAAGUAGAACUGCUUGUUCAAGUUUACAACUUGGUGAGCAAUGUGCAUGCCCAGUGUAUGAUCAUUCAAAUUUGUCAGACAAUAAGAAAUUGAGACCUGAGAUGGAGAUAAAUUUACAAGAAAAUCCUGUGGAUUAUCAAGUUAAUAGCAACUUUGAGCUGCCUCAUUUUCAUCAUACUUGGUUCUCUUCAUCUGGGCCUUCUGGCAUUGCAAUAUACAAUCAGAAUGGCUAUCGCCGGUGA